CUAUCCCACUGGGAGGUCCCGGUCCCACCCCAUCCCAACAUUAGCUACGUGGAGGCGGGCUGCUCUCUCCUUAUUGCCAACCCCAUGGAGGCGGGGCAUUAUCCUGCCCACCCCUGGACAUGUGGCCAGGCCACCUGCCCCACAGCAUUUAUGAGGGCCACCCUGAGCUUCGGCAGUGCCAACCCAGCUUUGUGCUCCUCCAGCCACCGCUCAGCCCCACAGGGCCCGUGUAGACCAUGCAGCAGCCCCUCCAGCUUCCCGUGCAGCAGCCCCCAGGCUGUGGUAAGAGCAGCCUGCUGAGCAGCAGUGCCGGCGCAGCUGGUGCCAUCCCGAAAGGGCCAGUGGUCUGCAGCACUGUCAGCGGGAACCCCUAUGCGGGGCUGGUGAGCCACCUGCGGGCAGCCUGGCUCUCGGGGAAGACACGGCCCUUGGAAUACCGUGUGGCACAGCUGGAGGCCCUGGGCCGCUUCCUGGAGGAGAAGAAGCAGGACAUCCUGGAAGCCACUGCGUUGGACAUGGGCAAGCCAUCCUUUGAGGCCUAUUUCACAGAGAUUCUCCUCUGCAAGAAUGAGCUCAAUGACACCCUCAACAACUUGUCUCACUGGAUGAAGGACGAGCACGUGGACAAGAACCUGGUCACACAGCUGGACUCAGCUUUCGUCCGCAAGGAGCCCUAUGGGGUGGUGCUCAUCAUCGCGCCCUGGAACUACCCCAUCCACCUCUUCCUUGUACCUCUCAUCGGUGCUAUUGCUGCUGGUAACUGUGUGGUCAUCAAACCCUCAGAGAUAUCCAAGAACACUGAGAGGCUUGUGGCUGAAUUGCUGACGUGCUACCUGGACAGUGACUGCUUUGCCGUGGUGACUGCUGGUGUGGAGGAGACCACCAGGCUGCUAGAGAACAAGUUUGACUACAUCUUCUUCACCGGCAGCCCCUCAGUGGGCAGGAUCAUAAUGACGGCUGCUGCCAAGCACCUGACACCGGUGACGCUGGAGCUGGGGGGCAAGAACCCCUGCUACGUGUCCGACACCUGCGAUGUGCAGAACGUGGCCCGGAGGGUGGUCUGGGGACGCUUCUUCAAUGCGGGGCAGACCUGCAUUGCGCCCGACUACGUCCUGUGCAGCGUGGAGAUGCAGGAGAAGCUGAUGCCUGCUCUGCGUGAGGCCAUCACUGAAUAUUUUGGUUCCAACCCACGGGAGUCCCCUGACUUUGCCCGCAUUGUGGGAGAUAAGCAGUUCCAGCGUGUGCGGGCGCUGCUGCGCAGCGGGCGUGUGGCCAUCGGGGGACAGACGGACGAGAAGGAGCGCUACAUCGCCCCCACAGUACUGGCAGAUGUGCAGCCCUCUGACCCCGCCAUGCAGGAGGAGAUCUUCGGGCCCAUCCUGCCCAUUGUUGUCGUGGCCAACAUGGAUGAAGCCAUUGACUUCAUCAAUGCACGGCCCCGGCCAUUGGCCAUCUACGCCUUCUCCUGCGACAGCAAGGUGGUGAACCAAGUGCUGGAGAGGACGAGCAGCGGGGGCUUCUGUGGCAACGACACCCUGAUGCACGUGAUGCUGACCUCGCUGCCCUUCGGUGGUACUGGAAACAGUGGUCUGGGGAAAUACCAUGGCAAGUUCACCUUUGACACCUUCAGUCAUCACCGCGGCUGCCUGCACCGCAACAUGGGCCUGGAGGCUAUCAACUCCCCGCGCUACCCACCCUACACCCAGCAGAAGCUGGGGCUGAUGACUGCCACCUUUGAGAUCAAGCGCAAGGGCAUGUGCACCCUGCUCUGAGCAAGGCCCUGUGCCACAUACGGACUGACCAGGAUCCAACCCGUGCCACGUCUUGUGUCGCACUACCACCCUGAUGCAUGCUGGACAGUGGGGACUGACCCCUCCUGUGUGCCUGCUCCUCUCCAGCUUCCUGUGCUCAGGGCUGUGUGCUGUGACACAUCUAAAAUGAUGACGGUUUCUUGUUCUUACCCCACACUUCUCCUCCUGGUAGAGCAAUAGUGCCCUGCUUGCUCAGGACCGGCAAUUAGCCCUAUCUCAUUUCUGUUUAGAUGACCUUCCGAUACUCUCCUACUGGCUGUUGUUUUUUUCUCUGUGUAUAACU